ACCUCCCUGCCUCUGUCAGGUUAGUUGAGGGGUGCCCCACCAGCAAAAUGGGUUGAAAAUUGACCCCCUCCAACCCCUGCCAUUAGCAGGUUGGGUUGAGAGUGCCCCCAUCAGCUGGUUAGGUUGAGAGGCAUUCCCGUAGGGGGUCGCACAGUGGCUCAGGGGUUAGCCUUGCAGCGCCAGGGACCUGCGUUCAAUUCUGCCGAAGGGUGACUGUCUGGUGUGGAGUUUGCACACUCCACCACCCCCAAAAAUGUCUGUAUGGGUUUCCUCUGGGAGCCUUGGUGUCAUUCCACAGUCCAGGGAUGUGCUGGGUAGGUGGGUUGGCCAUGAUAAAUGCAGGGUUACAGGGAUAUGGUAGGAGAAGUGGGUCUGAUUGGGCUGCUCUUCAGAGGGUUAUUGUGGACUUGAAGGGCUGAAUGGCCUGCUUCCACACUGUAGGGUUUCUAUGAACACAUUACCUUUUGAGAUGCUCCUUGUCCUCAUCAGCAGAUUGAUGUGAGAUUUUAAGAGAUGCUCCCAUGAGAUGGUUUGAAAAGAGAAAUCACCAUUGAAGAACAUUGUUAUAAUACGGUUCAGAAGAAUAAUUGCAAAAGAAACAAACACAGCAAAGGUCUGUGUGCAGUUUCAGGAUGGCAGGAGGAUAAUGGCGGCUGUCGAGCCCCUCAGUGCCCUCUCUCGCUGGUAUCUUUAUGCCAUCCAUGGCUAUUUCUGUGAGGUGAUGUUCACAGCUGCCUGGGAGUUUGUGGUCAAUUUCAACUGGAAAUUCCCAGGGGUCACCAGUGUUUGGGCCCUUUUCAUCUAUGGCACCUCGAUCAUGGUGGUGGAGCGGAUGUACCUGUACCUCAAGGACCGAUGUCCAAGUGUGGUGAGGUGCAUCAUCUACACCCUCUGGACCUACGUCUGGGAGUUCUCGACUGGACUUAUUCUGCGUCAGUUCAAUGCCUGCCCCUGGGACUACUCACAGUUUGAUUAUGACUUCAUGGGGUUGGUGACAUUAGAGUAUGCAGUGCCCUGGUUCUGUGCUUCUUUCAUUGUGGAAAAGCUGGUGAUCAGGAACACCCUGCGUUUGCGUUUUGAUGAAAAUGGGGAGCCUUGCACCCCAACCAUCACUCCUCCAACACUGUGGGGCCACUUGAAGCUGAGGAAGGUUGAAUAAAUCACUCUUUCAUUUUCCCCCUUCAAUGGCAGCUGGAGUUCAGGAAUCAUCUUGUUUACAUUACCAGACUUGGGAACAAACAACAACGGGACCUCAAGCCAGUUCACAAAAUGGUUUAUUUCUCUAUUACUCCCUUUUUGGGAAUGGAGAAGCCCAUUUCCAAUGCAUUCUGACUCUAGCACAGUGCAGUCUAGUUAAAGUGUUACUGCUACACUGCGGUGUCCUUAUUCCCAGUGCACGCACAUCCACCAACGAGUAUUUGAUCCUCACCAACAGUGGCUCUGCCUGGGGUGGGAUGAUUUAGUAUUUAUAAUAACUUCUUUCCAUUUAUGAAAUUAUGAAACCAACCCAACCAGAGAAAGCUCCUGCAUGUUAUGCUGUUUUUAUGAUACUUGACUUGUUGCUGUUGCAAAAGGGUGUGGGAAAUAACCAAAUGCGUUUGUGAACAAGUCACACUCGACAUACUUGUCCACAAGCACACUUUCAAUACUGUUUCAUCUGUUUACCAAAAGAAUGGGUCCAUGAUCAGAUACACCCUCAUUGUUCAAAAGGGUGUAAAGUGAACAGUUUGCUACUCAGAGCUGAGAUCUGCCCAUAGGGUGGGUGGCUGCACACACACGUGUGUGUCUCUCUACAUGUUUGGAGCCCAAACAUCUGACACAUCUGCACUUGCCCAAAUAUUUACCAAGGGCUGUUCCCAGAUCCAGGUCUGACUUGUGCAUUUCUGCUCUGUGUCAUUACAAUAAAAAGCAUCCUGUUGAGGAAA